AAACAUAAGAAUUCUCAAAGAAAAUCUUGGAAAAGUUUUGUUUCUUAAAAUCUUGGAGAGGAUUAAAUUGUGCCCCAGGUCAUACAAUGCUUCUUGUAAAAGCAAUGUGAUGUUUCUUUACUCCUUAAGCAAGAUAGAAAUCAAAAUAUACUUCAUCUGGUGAUCUUAACUGAGCUUCUGUUGCAGUUCUUCUCUCAUGAAUUUGGAAGAAAUUUCAUUAUUAUUAUGUAUUCGUUUCCUUAGGAAAGAGUCAAUAUUUCGUAGAGAAAUUGUAAAAGCAAUAGAUUGAUUAGGUAUGCUUAAUUUUACUCGUAAGCUGAUGGGAAAAUUCGAUUUUCGCUUGGAGAAUUUCUUGAAUUCUUUUACUGGAAAGAGUAGACAUGGUGCAGUAGCUGUAAUAUUAGCAGCUCCAAUUGUGAUCAUUGCCGGAACAUACAUGGUAUUUCGUCGUGCAAAACAUGCUUGUAAACGCAAAAACGACGGCGUCUUUGCAAGGUCUAUGUCCAUAGGAGCUCUCCAUGGAGGCAUACUGUCCUUGGAAAGGCUAACUUAUUAUCAUCAAGCUCGAGCAGACGCAGCAUCACUUAACACAGCAGAAUCUGAAUUAAAAGUUCUACUCGCAGAGGAACAGCCUGAUUUCAAAAAGCUCCAGGUUACACAAAUCUUUUUGCAUUUAUUGUUUCUUGAAUUCUUCUUGCUGGUUCUGCCUUUGACAUUUGGCUUCUUAUAUUUGCUUUCUCAAUUUGCAUGGAAGAGCAUUGUUGCAAAGCUGGAAAUGAGUGGAAAGGAAGCAUUUGCAGUGGAAAUACUCGAAAGAGCAGUGGAUAAGGCCAGAAAGGAUAAAAAACCCCAUGAAGCUUAUGAAAUUGAAAUGUUGCUUGUUGAAAUGCUCAUUUACAAGGGAGAUUACAAGAAGGCCUUAACCUGUGCAUGCCUCAGUGACGAAGCAAUUACUGAUGCAAGACGACCUCUAUUUAAGGCGAUCAUUCAUAUCAUGUUAGAGCAUCCAAAAGAAGAAGCCACAAAAUGUUGGGAAGAAUUCACAGAAGUUCGAACACUAUUCCAGUAUCCACCAAGUUCCCAAGAAGAUGGCCAAUCUCAGCAAGGCAGCACCAGUUUCAAUGAAUUUGAAAUUUUUGUUAAGGUUCUCAAACAAAAUAUCGCCAAGGCUCACACUAAGAGAUAACUAAGUAGAAAGACAGUGUAAUCCAUAACUACAACCUAAGGCUUGCGUGCCUCUUAAUAUUCUCGCUUUCCCCAUUAGGGUUUGUGAACUUCAUUGUUGGCUUAAGAACUUGGGAAAUUAAUUAUACAAUACUCGAAGUGUACAAUGUUAUAAGAGCAAGGUGGUGUCCAAUCAAUAAAUAAUAUAACAUAUCUGUAAAUGUGAGAAAGUGAUUGAUAUGUUAUAAUUCUAUUAGUAUUAGUUUAGAAUAUCAAAUUAUAUAUGUGAUUAGAGGUGAGCAGUUGACACGGAGCAACUAGUCUUGGAUUUUAU